AUGGAGAAAAAUUAUUCUUUAGACCAAAAGGUUGAAGGUAUGGCAAAGGAGAAAGAUGAGGGUGUGAGUAUGAUGAGUAGAGGGAAAGCCUCUUCUCCUGAAAAUAUUGAUUCUAACUUGGAUAAUGACCUUGAAACGAUAGACAUAGAAUUCAUAGAUGAUAAAAAAAAAAUUGAUACUCAAAACUCAGCAUACUUAUUUAAGGCAAUUCCAAUCUGUUCUUCAUUUGAAGAAAACAAAUCCACACCAACCUUAGCUUAUGAAUUUGAAACAAAGAUCUGUAAGGCAGUCGGUCAAAGCAUGUUUAAUUGAAGUGCAAUACCAGACUCAGACAGAAAUGAGCUUGACGCUUUAGUGUGAGAUGUACAAAAAGGAAACAAUGAAAAAGUUUUAGUAAACGAGGGAUACUGUUUCUCUAAAACAUGGAGGGUUUGAAACAUCGGUCUCAAAUCAUGGCCCAAAUUAACAAAGCUUAUCUGAACAUUUCCAGGUUUAAAAUACAAAAACAUAAGCUUGACUUCUCCGAUUUCUAAAUAACAAGAUCGUUGAUAUCACUGUUGUUUUUGAAGUGCCAAAUCCUGGCCCUUAUGCUUCAAUGAAAGAUCCUGAGAACCCUAUUCUUACUUUGAAUUUCAACUUAAUAACGCCUACUGAUUAUAUAUAAUUGGUCCUCCGUUGAUAUUAUACCUUCAUUACAAUGAAGAAUUUUUCACUGCCAUACUGAAUGCCGAUCACGAUCCCAGAAAAUUCCUAUUUCUUACAAAAAUCAACACCGUGUGUAACCUCAAUAGAAUGCUAAAACUUGAUUAA